GGUUACAAAGUCUCAUUAAUGAAAUACGACGAAUAUUUAAAGCUCUGACAGCGUUCCCUCUGCUGCCAGAGAAGAGAUGUUGGUUGCUCUCAUAGUGACUAUUAUUUGAGUCACAGAAUACUUGACAGAGAACCCAUCGGUUGUGGGACUCCUGAUCGCGAUCAGCUGGACGCCUAGAAAGAGAGCAGCAUCCCUCGAUUUCAGAGAGAACACGGGUCAGAGGCUCCUUGCGACUGACAUCGUCGUAUUCGUUCAGAGAGUGAGAGAACACCGUUCAUCUGUUUAGAGUGGAAAAUGAAGAUUCUGGGCACUGUUAUUCUCUUCAUUGUGUUCACUUCAAAUUCUGCGCUUGACUUCUGUUACGAUGAAGAAUCUUGCGACCCAUAUGCCUGGGGAGACAUGUUUCCUUCCUGCCACCCAAUCAUUGAUGAGCAUCAUUCUCCAAUCAACCUGGACCAGCACAUGACCAGAAACCACACCCUUGAAGCAUUGAAUCUAGUGGGGUUUGACACUGCCCAAUCAGGAGAGUGGACAUUAAAAAACAAUGGCCAUUCAGUGGUGCUGGAGGUAGAGGAAGGGAUGAAGGUUGGUGGCGGAGGGCUGCCUGCAGAAUACACCACCCUGCAGCUGCAUUUCCACUGGGGUAGCAACUUUACGAACGGAUCAGAGCACACCAUCAACGGGCGGAGAUAUCCCAUGGAGAUGCACAUUGUCAGUAUGAAAUCCACAUACUAUCCCAACCUGACCGCUGCACUGGAUGACCCAACAGGCAUAGCUGUGCUGGGAGUCUUCAUUGAUGUGGCUAAUGUCAGCAAUGACAGUUUUGAUCGCCUCUUCAGUUUAGUUCCUGCUGUGGCCUUCAAAGGGAGAACCGUGCCGGUCACGCCCUUUCCUCUAACUAACCUCCUGCCCUUGAACAACCUGUCCCAGUAUUACCGUUACCAUGGCAGCCUCACCACUCCUCCGUGCUCCAAAGCUGUGGUGUGGACCGUGUAUGAAGUGCCUGUGUACAUCUCCGAGGAACAGCUGAGCGAGGUUACCUCUGGCGUUUUCCACUCAGAGGAGGGUGAUGACCGCGUGGCCCCGCUGCACAAUAACUUCAGACACAUCCAUGACACCUUCGGCCGUCAGGUCUAUGCGUCAAAGGAAGCCACUCUGCUCUCCACUGCUGCCCUACCUGUCUGCAAUCUGCUGCUCUGUCUCAUUCCCCUCCUAGGGAUGGGCAUGUCCUGAGAGCUUGAUUGUCCCCGACAAGGUCCCAGCAAUGUCCCUACAAAGUCACCUCAGAGAGGUUUCCAUGAGUGGGCUUUUAACUUGUACUGUACAAAACUAGAGUGAGAGGCUGGAGAAAUCUGUGAAGCUAUUGAGGCCUUUACAAUAUAUUUAUGUAUUAUCUGAUUUACUUGAAAAGUCAUUGCAGUAUCUGUA